AUGAUGAAAAACAAAAUAAGACUUACAGCUCUUGACAUAAUGGCCUUGGUGGCAGAACUAAAGCAAAAGUUGAUAGGAACAAGGUAGGAAAAUUGAAUAAUAAAAAGGCUUUCAAAUAUUUACAAUAUUGAUUCGAAGACAUAUGUUUUUAAAUUUUCUGUCCAGGAAUCGAAGUCUUAUUUAAUAAUUGAAAAUGGAUUGAGAUUUAACCUUUCAGAUACGAUAGAGAAGAAUAAAGUACCAUCUGGAUUCACAAUGAAAUUUAGAAAAUUUUUAAGAAGCAGAAGAUUAGAAAGCAUAGAGUAGAUUGGAGUAGAAAGAGUAGUAGUAUUUACAUUUGGAAGGGAAGAUCAUACAUAUUAUUUAAUAUUGGAAUUAUAUUCUUAAGGAAAUAUAAUACUAGCAGAUAAAGAUUACAGAAUAAUUUAAUUGACAAGAUAACAUGAGUUUUCAGAGAAUGUGAAGUAUAGAAUAUAAAAAUGAUUAGGGUUGCACCUAAUGAGAUAUAUCCAUUUGAAUAUACAGCAACAAAUUAUUUAGAGAAAUUUGAUACAUCAAUGGAGAGAAUAGUAAAGGUGAUAAGUGAGAAGCCAGGAUAGAAGUUAAAAGAAAUAGUAUUUAAAUUGGUGCCUUGUUUACAUUAGGCAUUGACAGAUGAUAUAAUUUAAUAGUUAAAAAUGAAUUAGAAUGAAAAGAUAGUGAAUCAAUAUGAAAAUGUAAAGAAAGUAGUAGAUUAUGCAAUGGAUUAUAUAAAUAAAUAUCGAGCAUAGGCAUAAUAUAAAGGCUAUUUAUGUGCAAAGGAAGCGCCUAAAGAUGCAGAAUAGAAGCCAAAGUUUUUUGAUUUUGCUGCUGAUAAAGCUGCUUACUAUGAAGGGAAAUAUGUUAUAGAAACACCAACAUUUAAUGAGGCUGUUCAUUAAUACUUUUUAGUAGUAGAUAGAUAAGAAGAAAAUAAAUAAUCAAUUGAAGAUAUAGCAUGGAAGAAAUUUGAAAAUAUUAAAUAGGAUCAAAUGAGUAGAAUUUAAAAAUUGUAAGCAGAAUAGGAUGAAUAUAUAAUUAAAGCAGGACUUAUAUAAGAAAAUAUUGAUGAUGUGUAAGCUAUUAUCGACAUUAUCCAAAAGAUGAUGGAUAAUGGAAUUCCCUGGGACAAGAUUUAAAGGAUGAUUAAUGAUAGCAAAAAAGAAGGAAAUCCACUUUCUAAUAUGAUAGGAGGAAUGAAUUUGGUAUUAAUAGUAUAUUAUUUUAUAAGAAAUAAAAUAAAGUGACAAUAUUGUUAGGAAAUAAAGAUGAUGAAUAUUCUGACUUGAUUUAAAUAGAAAUUGAUAUUACUUAAUCUGCUUAUUAAAAUGCCAGAAAAUAUUAUGAAAGUAAAAAGAAAAUAGAGACAAAGAAUUAAAACUAAGGAAGCUGUAGAAUAAGCAUUAAAAUAAGCAGAGAAGACUGCAUUGAAAGAGAUAGAGAGAGAAAAAAACAAAAUAUAGAAAGUGUAAAAUUAAAGAAAAAAGUAUUGGUUUGAAAAAUUUUAUUGGUUUAUUUCAUCUGAUGGAUAUUUAGUAAUAAGUGGUAAGGAUGUAUAAUAGAAUG